GCGUUUCUGGUAUAACUGCAUUCAUAUGACAGUGUGACCAAUAAGAGCUGGAGUGGUUGGUGUAGGUUGAGCUUUUGCUGGAGCCGGUAAAACUAAAGCGGAUGUGUAAAAGAGCCGGCAACACUCACCCGAGUGGAAAAUCUAAUCGAUUUCGUUUGUGUAUAUAUUUUUUGAACGUACACAAAAUUAUUGCAUUUGAUACUUUUACAAGAGAUAAGCAUGAGCCGGCUCGAAAAUCGAAAGCGUUUGAGAGAAGAGAUCUUGCCUACCGACUUGUGCGUAACUCCCGAAAAGAAGGUUUCGGACGUUUCGUGGCGACACACUGAUUAUCAGGACUGGGGUGUUGAAGAAACGUGCAAAUAUCUGCAACUGAAAGGGUUUGGAGAAUGGCAACAAAAAUUUAGAGAUCACCAGAUUACAGGUGUGGGCCUGCCCUACAUUACUGAUGCUCACCUGGAGAGAAUGGGGAUUGGACCUCUGGGUGCCCGAUUACAGAUUCUUCACUGUCUGAGAAAUCUAUGGCAGUUUUCUGUUGACAGGAUGAAGGUCUUCAACGACCCCAUCCAUGGUCACAUUGAGAUGCACCCCUUGCUGGUGAAAAUCAUCGACACCCCCCAGUUUCAGAGGCUGCGCUUCAUCAAGCAGCUGGGUGGUACCUACUUAGUGUUUCCUGGAGCUUCCCACAACCGGUUUGAGCACUCCAUCGGGGUGGGCUACCUGGCGGGCCGGCUGGUCCAGGCCCUGUAUGAGCGACAGCCGGAGCUGCGGAUCACCCAGAGGGACAUGCUGUGUGUGCAGAUCGCAGGGCUGUGUCACGACCUGGGACACGGCCCUUUCUCUCACAUGUUUGAUGGAAUAUUCAUCCCUCUAGCCCGCCCAGGCUUAAAUUGGAAGCAUGAGACUGCCUCUCUUCAGAUGUUCGAUCACCUGGUAUCUGCCAAUCAUCUGGAGACUGCAAUGGAGCAGUAUGGCCUAGUUCUUCCGGAUGACAUCAUUUUCAUCAAGGAGCAGAUAGCUGGGCCCACUUACCAGAACCAGUCUUCAUGGCCUUAUCGGGGCCGUUCAGAAGAGAAGGGCUUCCUGUAUGAGAUUGUGGCCAACAAGAGAAAUGGCAUUGAUGUGGACAAGUGGGAUUAUUUUGCCAGGGAUUGCCAUCACCUUGGAAUUCAAAACAACUUUGACUACAAGCGCUUUCUGAAGUUCGCCCGAGUUUGUGAGGUUGAGAAUAAGAAACACAUCUGUACCAGAGACAAGGAAGUAGGGAAUCUGUAUGACAUGUUUCAUACUAGAAACUGCCUUCACCGCAGAGCCUACCAGCACAAGGUUGGCAAUAUCAUUGAGACAAUGAUAACCGAGGCUUUCCUGAAGGCGGAUAAAUACAUCCAGAUUGAAGGCUCCGAAGGAAGGACAUUCACAAUUUCCACUGCAAUAGAUGAUAUGGAGGCCUACACCAAGCUGACAGAUCACAUCUUCCUGCAGAUCCUGUAUUCCACCGCCCCGGAGCUGAAAGAGGCUCGGACAAUCCUCAACAACGUGAUGUGCCGGAAGCUGUAUAAGUGCAUCGGACAGACGCAGCCAAAACCGGACACAAAGAUCUUGCCGCAUGAGCUGGACACUUUGGCCAGCGAUGUUGCAAAAUCUAUCCCACAGGUCCCAUCAGAUGUGAAUCUAGAUCCAGGAGACUUCAUUGUCAGUGUGAUAAACAUAGACUAUGGAAUGAAGGAAAAAAAUCCCAUCAACAACGUGCGUUUCUACUGCAAGAAUGACCCUACCAAUGCCAUCAGAAUUCGUAAAGACCAGGUAAGCCCCUUUCUAUGUAAACAUAGUAACAGUUGUUAUUGCAAGUCAGAAUUCUCUGGCCUUACCUAUAUCUUCUGUCCUAAAACUUUCAUAGGCCCCAAGCACUGUGCCUACAGUGCCUAA